CUCUCUCUUGAUGAGUUGCGGAUUUUACAGCUCAUACAAACUUUCUUCUUUACAUAUCUAGGUUUGAAUUAGGAUUCUAGUCAUAAUAUUUCAGUAAGUCUUUUCAUUCACAUAUUUUGAUUUGCUUGAUAUUGACUCCUAGUGAUUUUUUGUAGUUGCUUUGGUCAGGAUAUCUAUAGAUUCAUUCUCUUAGAUAUUCGUAUAGCCAGAACCCAGUUUAACGUGAUGUGGACUAUCAUUCUGAUUACUUCGGUUGUGGCUCUGAUAGCCCUAUUAUGGCAAGCUUGGCCAGGAUUGUCUAAGAGUGUUAUUAAACAGUAUAAACUAGAACGUAUGUGAACAUUUAUUGGUUAAAGAUUAUAACAAAUAAAUCUAACACCUUAUAGGGCGCGACUGGAUCUUUAAAAGGAUUCUCAAGGAAAUUUUCAAUUUAGAUAUCCUUUCCCAAAAACAUUCCCCGACAGUCUUUCCUGUCUAUGCACACGCUGCAGAUUAUGAAUUGGCUACAGAGAUCUUCGAAUGGUUGAAAGUCAGUACAUCAAAAGUAUUUGGCGACCGAUCACCAUUUCAGCAUUGGUAUGAUCGCGAAGACGGCACUGCAGGAAGCGAUAUAAUGUCAAACCAAUUCUGUUUGCUACCAAGUUUUGUCGAAGUGAAGGACAGUUUUGAUAUCAAGAGUAUCGACAGAGUCAUUCUAUUCUGUUCAGAAGUGAUUCAGCAUUAUCUCGAAGAUAAGAGAAUGAAGGGGUAUAUCGAAGCUAUUAAAGGUGUUUAUUUUAAGUUUGAAAAAGGAAGUCGUCUUAAGACUUUGGAUGGUUUGGAAGAAUUCAAGGAAGAGAUACGGAAAAUUGCAAAGGAAUAUAGAACAAAAGAUGGUUAUCACCGUGUGCUCACCGAACUGGCUUUCUUGGAGAUUCGUGCUAUUCAUAUGGGAAGAAACCAUGGGAUCAUCCCAAUCUUGCUCAAUGGGAAUAAUAUCGAUUAUCUUCCAUUUUUCGAGACGGACGAUCGUAUUUGGCUAUCGAUCAACCUCCAGUCGAAUGUCCAACCUGCGAACUUAAUGAGUCUCAAGCAUGAAGCAUUUCUGAAACUACUAUGUCAAAUCUAUACCAAAGAUUGGGAACAUAUCAACGCACUUAAACAAUGCUAUAAAAACUGUAUUAAAAUUGAGUCAAAUAUUCCACAAACAACGUUCAAAAAUAUGGUGGAGCGAGAAAUCUUGGGAGUAACAAAAAGUAUAAGCCAUAAAAUGAAGGGUGAUUUCCGAAUAGGUUGGUUAAAAACUCUUUUCCUUUGACUGAUCCAAUUGACAUUAUAUAACAGGUGCUCAACUUCACCAGCCUUACAAUGCUACAACUUCCGACCAGCAAAAUCGUUGUUUAGCUGCUUUGCGGACUACUGAUCCACAAAUGGACAAGAAACGUAUCGAAGAGACUAAAGGAGGACUAUUCGAAAAUGUAUCCAACUGGAUUUUCGAUAACAAAGAUUUCAAACAAUGGCGCUACAAUCAAGAUAGUUGUCUGUUGUGGAUCAAAGGAGAUUCUGGCAAGGGAAAGACCAUGUUGUUUUGCGGUAUAAUAAAUGAGCUGGAGAGAUCGGAUGAAACUAUCUUGGCAUAUUUUUUUUGUCAAGAUACUGACAUACGUAUUAAUAGUGCUACAGCUGUUCUACGUAGCCUUAUCUAUAUGCUUAUAAAUCGGCAGUCUGCCCUCUCCUCAUAUUUACAAGAGAAAUUUGAGGUGGCAGGAGAACAUUUGUUCAAAGAUACCAACACAUUCACAACUCUUUCUGAGAUUCUCAUAGCUAUGUUAAAGGACAAGAGUUUGAAGCCAACAAUCUUGAUCAUUGAUGCACUUGACGAAUGUCAAAAAGAUUUGCCACAAUUACUUAGCCUGAUUGUUUCGAACUUAUCCAUCUCUUCUCGUGUUAAAUGGCUUGUCUCAAGUCGGAACUGGCCUGAAAUCGAAGAGAAGUUAAAACAGGCCGAGCAGGGAACAACGCUCAAUCUCGAGUUGAAUACUGAAUCAUUAUCUGCUGGUAUCAAGCGGUAUGUGCGAGAGAAGGUAGAACAUCUUGCUAAAAUAAAGAACUAUACAGAAAAGAGGUAUCAUGAUGUUGAACACUAUCUCACAAAAAAUGCGGGUGGAACCUUCCUUUGGGUGGCUUUGGUCUGUCAAGAUCUUGAGAAUGCUCAACUACCCAUACCUUUGGAACUAUAUGAUUUCCCUCCUGGACUUGAUUCCCUAUAUUAUCGGAUGUUGCGACAGGUACAAGAUAAGGGAACUAAAUAUGAGACCGACAUCUGCUUUCAGGUUCUCGCUAUUAUGGUAACAACAUAUCGAUCUAUUACUCUUGACGAACUGGUAUCUUUAAAUAUUUUGGAUGAAGUCUUACCAAAAAAAAUCAUACAACUGUGUCGCUCUUUUCUGGUUAUUCGAGAGCAAAGUAUAUUCUUUGUUCACCAAUCAGCGAAGGAUUUCCUUUUGACAAAGGCUGCUAAAACUAUAUUUCCCAAUGGUAUUAGCGAAAUCCAUAACAAGGUAUUUCUAAAUUCGAUGACCGUUAUGAGCAAGACACUCAAACACAAUAUAUACAACUUACACUAUCCUGGCUUCCCUAUUGAUAAAGUUAAGCAGCGCGAUCCCGAUCCAUUGGCUUCUAUACGAUAUUCCUGUAUUUACUGGAUUAACCAUUUAAGAGAUGGGGAUCCUGAACAAAACAGAAAAUACAUUCAAGAUAACGGCAAUAUUUAUGAAUUCCUCAAAAAUCAUUUGCUACAUUGGCUGGAGGUUAUGAGCUUGAUGGGGAAAAUUUCAGAGAGCAUCAACGCAAUAAGUUCUUUAGAAUCUUAUAUUCUAGUAUGUCAAUACUAUUUGAUAGUUCUUUUAGGAAUUCAGCUAAUAGAUAAUAAAGGCUAAUAAAGGUUCUGAAUUCUAUACUUUUAUACAUGACGCUAAACGCUUUAUCCUUUACAAUCGAAUAGGAAUUGAACAAGCUCCUCUUCAAAUCUAUUGUUCAGCCCUUUUUUUUGCUCCAGAGAAUAGUAUUAUUCGAAAAAAAUUUCAAAAAUGUAUGCCGAAUUGGAUUUAUAAAAUAUCAAGGACACGAUCAAAUUGGAGUGCCGUUCUCCAAACGCUUGAGGGUCAUUCGGAUUGGGUUAAUUCAAUUGCCUUCUCACCAGAUGGUACAAAGGUAGCUUCAGGCUCUCGCGAUAAAACGAUCCGGCUUUGGGAUACGGCCACAGGCGAAUCACUUCAAAUGCUUGAGGGUCAUUUGGAUUCGGUUAAUUCAAUUGCCUUCUCACCAGAUGGCACAAAGGUAGCUUCAGGCUCAGACGAUCAGACGAUCCGGCUUUGGGAUACGGCCACAGGCGAAUCACUUCAAAUGCUUGAGGGUCAUUCGCAUUGGGUUACUUCAAUUGCCUUCUCACCAGAUGGCACAAAGGUAGCUUCGGGCUCUCUCGAUAAGACGAUCCGGCUUUGGGAUACAACCACGGGCGAAUCGUUUGAAACGCUUGAGGGUCAUUCGGAUUGGGUUAAUUCAAUUGCCUUCUCACCAGACGGCACAAAGGUAGCUUCGGGCUCUCCCGAUCAGACGAUCCGGCUUUGGGAUAUAACCACGGGCGAAUCGUUUCAAACGCUUGAGGGUCAUUCGGAUUCGGUUAAUUCAAUUGCCUUCUCACCAGAUGGCACAAAGGUAGCUUCGGGCUCUCCCGAUAAGACGAUCCGGCUUUGGGAUACGGCUACAGGCGAAUCGCUUCAAAUGCUCGAGGUUCAUUCGGUUUUAGAGACAUCCUCAGCCUUUGAACGGUACUUUAAGUCAAACCAUUGGAUAGCUGAAAGAUUAGAUGAAGAAGUGCGAAAUAUUCUUUGGCUACCUCCAGAUUAUCGGCCAACUAGUAUAUAUUUUUGUAACGGACUUAUAGUUAUGGCAUUUUCUACCGGUGGCUUUUUUUUUCUGAAAUUUGAGUGAAAAUUUCAUAUUAUCUAAGUAAAAAUCAAUUUCAAUAUAUCCAUUACUGAUUAUAUUAUUUGUAUCUUUAAUAUAAUAUCCUUCAUUUUUUUUCUCUCUUUUUAACAGAGAGAUUAGGGAAGUCUAUGAUUAUAUAGACCUUCUAUUUGC